AUGCUGAACACAUACAUUUGGGAUGUCGAGCAGUACUAUUUUGAGACAAUCUUCCCAAGGGUGCCCAAGAAGGUCAUGGAUUCGUGCAUUGAGAAGCUCCGCGGCAGGAACCUGCGCACGGAGCCCAAAGGCAAUGGUGGUGCUGGUGGGGCCGACAGGCGGGGUGUGGAUGAGCCCAACAGGCGGCCUGCGUCUGUUAAAGCAUCCCUGUCUGUGGCCUUUGGGCAGAGAGCGCCGAACCGGUCGAAUGCUCGUGAGGAUGGCCGUGCGAGGGACCCGUCCCUCUGGGCUUCAGACAGCCGUAAGGGCAGGGAUGACAAUCGCGGGAAGGAGAGGAGGUCGAGGUCGAGGUCGAGGUCGAUUGAGAGGUUCCGGAAGGCGCACAAGGACCAGCGCGAGCGCGAGCGCCCGCACCAGCGCCGCGAGCGCGAGCGCCGGCACUCCCGGUCCCGGUCCCCUGCGCGGCCCCGGCAUCAUCACCACCGCCACCAGAGCCGGGACCGGGACCGCGACCGCCGCAGCCGCAGCCGCGACAGAAAGCGCGAUCGGGGCAGGGAGAGGGAUCGCAGGCGCGGCAGCCGGAGCAGGUCGCGGGGAAGGGGCAGGCGCAGCCGGAGCGGGGAGAGGCGGAGGGGUGAGAGGGGAGAAAAGCGGGACGUGCGGGACGUGUUCAAGGAAUCCGCCCCCCUGGUGCGGGAGGCGGACCUGAAGGUGGUGUACGGCAGCUGA